AGCUUAACGAAUAUUAAAAUACUGUCAGAAAUGAAACUAAUUACUAGGGAACGUUCGUCAAAAACGAUUCUAGCAAAUAAAAACGAUUUUAAUUACGCGGUGCAAGUGACUCGCGUUAUUCUGCGAAUGGUUGGCGCAUGGCCGAUCCCGAGAUUCGGGUCCAACGCGGAAAGAAUCGUGAUUCGUUUGCAGAACGUUGUUUGCUUUUUCUUAUGUGCGUUUAUUCUUGUACCGGGUCUUCUAUUAAUAUUCCUAAAAGUACGCGAUGUCAAACGAAGAAUCAGAUUAGCGGGGCCGCUUUUGAACUGUUCGAUGGGUUGCAUAAAAUACAGUCUAUUCCUUUAUUAUGGAAAACAAAUCCAAUCGUGCCUAGAACAGGCACAGCAGGAUUGGCAAAACACAACCAACUCGAGCGAUCGAAAAAUUAUGCUGUCUAAAGCGAAAACGGGCCGAAAGUUCGCAAUAUUCUCCGCCGCAUUUAUGUACAUCGGCGGACUGAGUUAUCGUACCAUCGUACCCCUUUCAAAAGGACGAAUAUUGACGCCGAUGAAUACUACAAUAAGAAUUCUCUCAUGUCCAAGUUACUUUGUUAUUUUCGAUGAGCAAGAGUCGCCGGCAUACGAGAUUGUCCUUAUCGUGCAAUUCUUUGCUGGAUUACUUACUUAUUCGAUGACGUGUGGUGCAGCCGGAUUAGCGGCAUUCUUCAUUAUGCACAUUUGCGGACAGCUAAGCGUUUUAAUCGGUAAACUGAAGCAUCUCAGUGACAUGACAGAACCCAAGGAUCGAGCUGUCGCAACUUUGCUGGCUGAUAUUGUGGAACAUCAAAUAAGAGCGAAAAAUUUUUUGACACAAGUGGAGAACACUAUGCGAUUCAUAUGGUUAGUGGAAAUAGUAGGAAGUACUUUACUCCUAUGUCUCACAGGAUAUUAUGUUAUUAUGGAAUGGGAGAAUAGCGAUUCUACAGCCAUGUUAACUAUGUUUGUAAUACUUACGUCUUUCACUAUUUCUCUUUUUACUAAUUGUUAUGUCGGUCAACUUUUGACAGAUCAGAGCAUCAAGGUUGGAUUAACAACAUCCACGAUGAAAUGGCAUCAUCUUCCAAAUAGAUGGGCUCGUACUUUAAUCCUGGUAAUAGCAGUUUCCAAUAUUCCAGCAAAAAUCACCGCAGGCAGAAUGAUAGAAAUGUCGCUACCCACAUUCGGUAACAUUAUCAAAACAUCGAUGGCAUACUUUAAUCUGCUUCGAAAAUUCAUUAUGUAAUUUCAUAUCUUCAAUGAA